UUAACAACCGGAAGUGGGUUAGUGGACACUGUCCAAAUUCAGACUUAGAAAUGGACUAGGCAAAUAAUUACAUCUUUCAGAUGAGUGACCAAACAUUCACGACCGAAUCUCCCGUCUUACAUGUCGUGGUUAUUGGAUUUCACCACAAAAAGGGUUGUCAGGUGGAGUUUUCUUAUCCUCCUCUGAUAGAAGGGAACCCAGUUGACAGUAACCAGGUACCAGAAGAAUGGAAACAUUUACCUUCCCUUGGCGUGCCAGAUGGGGCCCACAAUUACACUAAAGACACUAUAUUCUUCCAUCUGCCUUCAAGACAAGAGAAACAUAAGACAGUAUAUGGAGUGGCUUGUUACAGACAGAUUGAUACUAAGGAUCUUGUUAACAAAUCAUCUGAUGUGACAAGAAGUUCAGUUCAAAAGAGUGUGUGUGUUCUCAGUAAAUUGCCUCUCUUUGGAUUGAUACAAACCAAGUUAGAACUAAUUACACAUGCAUACUUUGAUGAGAAGGAUUUCAGUAAAGUGGAGUUGUUAGAGGAGACCUACAAAAAUCUUACUACCUCAUUAAGUGACAGCUUGAAAGAAGGAUCACAUAUGUGUUUAGGGAUGUCUGUGAGAGAUGUUGUGGUUGAAUUCAAGCACAAGAUUGUUGUACUGUUUAAACUAAUACUAUUGGAAAGACGGGUAUUAUUUUCUGGUACACCUGUUGAAAGGUUGUGUAAUAGUUUGUUAUCAGUUUUAUCAUUAUUUCCAGGUAUGAUAGAGUUUGGUUUGGAAGAGGCUGCUACAUGUGGAGGAGAGAGGUUACUAUCACCAACUUUACAUCCAGCAAUGUAUGGUAGUACUGAAAGUGAUGAAUAUCUAGAGGUACAUUACCAUGAUGAAAAACCUGUUUUGAAAACAAGUUCAGACAGCAGUUUAAACAAACCGACCAGUGAUAAAGCUGAACUAAACAGAAGUUUAAGUGUGGAACCUCAAUCUCUAACUAUUGAUAGAGAGUGUGAAGUAGACAGAGAUUCAGAAGGUUCCACUGUGGGUAGCGAUUAUGUCAGGGUUGAGGCAGAUAUCAAAGAAAGCUGUGAUACCGAGGCUGAGAAAUCAGUAACUGAAUCUAGUGAUAUAAAUAAUUGUGAUAAUAUAGACAAUAUUGAAAUAGCUAAACCAGAUAUAAGUGGAACAAGUCCUAUUGCAUUUUGUAAUGGUAUAUUAAUUGGUGCUCAUAAUUUUGGCGAGACAAAGUUGACAGCAUCCAAAACUGAAACACCACAAAAAUCUAUAAACAGUGACAAAGAAAAACAGCCAAAAACUCCAACUAGUGCAGAUUCUGUUCAGUCUGACCCAUUUAUGAAUAUGAAGUCAAUUACUCAUAUUGAGGCUGUGCAAACAGGGGAGAUCAUUAUAAAUAACAGUUCUGUGGUAAAUAUUGAGGAAUAUGCUGAAAAAUGUGAAGAGUUUGAUGAAAAUGAAAAGGCAUCUACCUUAGAAUUAUCAUUGAAUUUAGAAGACUUAAAGAGAAGUAAUAGUAUAGAGGAUAUAGACUCACCAGAGAGUAUACAGAAAAUAGACAGGGAGGAUUGUUUCUCAUGGGAGGAAGACUCACUUCUCCUUACUAUAGAUCCUAACUUAGACUCAAGUGGAGAUCACUCAGAACAAUUAAAAGCAGUCAAUUCAGUGGCUGAAAAAAAAUCAGAAGCUGAUAAUGAAAGUCGUAGUCAACCAAUAGUAAACCCUGUUACAAAAACUAGUCAAAUACAAGAUGGAGAGGUUGAGAAAAAGGAAAAUGUUACAUUUACUGAUAUACCUCUGACUGAAAAUAAUUCUCAGUCUAAAGCUGAGGAAAAAGACAGUCCUGGCAAAAAAGCAGCUGCUCUUAGAAAUAAGUUAAGUACUGCAUUUGGUGGCUUUAAUGUUAAAGAGAAAAUCAGGAACAGAAAGGCUAACAAUAACAAAAUGAUACCAAUGCAAGAUUUGAAAGUCAAAGUACCUAAUAUUCCAAAACUGCAGCAGGAUGAUUGUGGAUUUCCAUUGAUAAUAUUUACCAAGGGUUAUAUAUGCCAUCCAUAUUUGUCUCUGCAGUAUUAUGACCUACUUAAUGAUGUAAAUAUAAGAGGAUUUGUGAUUGGUGCUACCAACAUCCUGUUUAGACAGAAGCGCCACCUAACAGAUGCUGUGGUGGAGGUAUCUGAAGAGAAAAUAGAGUUCCAUGACAAAGAGUUACAGAAAGUGUUAAACCUGACAACUGCUGAUCUAAGAUUUGCUGAUAUACUUGUUAAGGCUGUGGUCGGUGACAAUGAAGAUUCACUGUUUGAAACAACGGGAUGGGAAGGUGGAGAUGAAUGGUUAAGAGCACAGUUUAAAGUCUAUUUACAGUCUUUACUGGUCACCUGUAAACAUGAUGAUGUGAAAUUACAUGAGGAUUUUGGACUUCCAUUUCUUCAAUCCUUUAAGACAACUCACUGCUACAGAGUUUGGGCUGAUGACACUCAUCCAGGAAUGAGUGAGGUUCCAUUAGGACAUCCUUGCCAUGGUAACAUAGGAGUCAAUGAUAUCAAAGUCAGACUGGCACAUUCCAUGCAAAGUUCGGAGAGGGGUAAGAAAAUUAAUGCUGCUGUAACACAGACAGGAAAAUUUGUGGGAGGUGCCAUAACACAGGCUAAAUCAGCUGUGAGUUCAUGGUUCAGUAACUUUACUCAAGAAUGGAAGAAGGAAGAGAAAUCCCAACCAGAAUCUUAGCUUGUAUACUCUUGUUAUAAAACCCUCACAUGGCUAGCAUGAUUAUCUCAACAUUUAUAAUUGACAGAAAAUGUGAUUUUAAAUGAAGAAACAGUUAUAUUUUAGCAUGAUUGAACUAGACUUCAAUUCAUGAGACAGCAUUUGGGUGACAAACUGUCUUUAUAAUAUCAUUGUACAUUCCAUUACAUGCUAAUUUAUAUCUAUAGUGGUAUCUUAGUUUAAGUCAUUCAAACAAUUUUUCUGUUUCUCAGACUUCCAUAUUACAAAGUUUGUAAAAAAGCAUGUACUUUCAUAUUCAGUGUGUGAAACCUUUUUUUCUUAGAACUCGCCAAUUUGGCGAGCAGCUUUUCAUUUCAACUCGCCAAAUUGAAAUCCCACUUGCCAGCUUGGCGAAUUCCCAAAAUUUUUAAAGAUUAUUUUGGUGAGCUUUUCCUUCCUUUCGUGUUAUUUAAAAGCUGAAUAAAUAGGCUUCUUAUUUUUCCAUGUUGUUCUAUUAAAUAUCCAUUAUUAAGUCUCCCAAACGAAGUUUGGGAAGACUUAUUGGUUUUGCUCAGUUCUUCUUCUUCUUCUUCUUCCUCUUCCGCCACUUUUAAAUUUGAACUUGUCCGCACCCGUUCUCCAAAACCGCUUGUCAGAUUAACUUAGGGUUUCACAUAUGUUAGACUAACAUGUCUAGUGGUGCAAUCAGGGUUUUGUUUGUGCAAUGGGGUUUAUAAAGAGGUACUUUGAGGGGCAAUAAGAAAGGAGGGUUUUACUAUAGAACCCUAUGGGAUUUUAUUUUUUUUAAAUUUUCAAAUGAUUAUAAAUUGAAAACCGUUUGUGAUAGACACAAUCUUUUUAAUUGAAAAUGUUCUAAAUGAUAAAACACAUUAAAUGAAAUACAGGGUUAGUCCCCAGGGGUCACCCCCACCCCCAGCCAUUUAAGAAAGUUCUAAUAACUUGUAAGUGGUCAAGAUCCCCACCCCUAAACCAUAUAUAUUCUGGUUUGUCAUGCUAAGAUGGUUUGAAUGAUAUACAGGGUUAGUCCCCAGGGGUCAUCCCGACUCCCUGCCAUUUGAGAAAGUUCUAAUAUCUUGUAAGUGGUCAGGAUCCCCACCCCUAAACCAUAUAUAUUCUGGUUUGCCAUGAUGAAGCACAUCAAAUGAAAUACAGGGUUAGUCCCAAGGGGUCACCCCAACCCCCUGCCAUUUAAGAAAGUUCUAAUAUCUUGUAAGUGGUCAAGAUCCCCACCCCUAAACCAUAUACAUUCUGGUUUGUCAUGAUAAAACACAUCAAAUGAAAUACAGGGUUAGUCCCCAGGGGUCACCCCCACCCCCUGCCAUUUAAGAAAGUUCUAAUAUCUUGUAAGUGGUCAAGAUCCCCACCCCUAAACCAUAUAUAUUCUGAUUUGUCAUGCUAAGAUGGUUUGAAUGAUAUACAGGGUUAGUCCCUAGGGGUCAUCCCGACCCCCUGUCAUUUGAGAAAGUUCAAAUAUCUUGUAAAUGGUCGAGAUCCCCACCCCUAAACCAUAUACAUUCUGGUUUGUCAUGAUAAAACACAUCAAAUGAAAUACAGGGUUAGUCAUCAGGGGUCACCCCCACCCCCUGCCAUUUAAGAAAGUUCUAAUAUCUUGUAAAUGGUCAAGAUCCCCACCCCUAAUUCAUAUAUAUUCUGGUUUGUCAUGCAAAGAUGGUUUGAAUGAUAUACAGGGUUAGUCCCCAGGGGUCACCUCCACCCCCUGCUAUUUAAGAAAGUUCUAAUAUCUUGUAAAUGGUCGAGAUCCCCACCCCUAAACCAUAUACAUUCUGGUUUGUCAUGAUAAAGCACAUCAAAUGAAAUACAGGGUUAGUCCCCAGGGGUCACCCCAAACCCCUGCCAUUAAAGAAAGUUCUAAUAUCUUGUAAGUGGUCAAGAUCCCCACCCCUAAACCAUAUAUAUUCUGAUUUGUCAUGCGAAGAUGGUUUGAAUGAUAUACAGGGUUAGUCCCUAGGGGUCACCCCCACCCCCUGCUAUUUAAGAAAGUUCUAAUAUCUUGUAAAUGGUCAAGAUCCCCACCCCUAAACCAUAUAUAUUCUGGUUUGUCAUACCAAGAUGGUUUGAAUGAUAUACAGGGUUAGUCCCCAGGGGUCAUCCCGACCCCCUGUCAUUUGAGAAAGUUCUAAUGACUUGUAAAUGGUCGUGAUCCCCACCCCUAAACCAUAUAUAUUCCUGUUCGUCAUGUCUCGAACAUUUGAAUGACGUUUAAGGUCAGUCCCCAGGGGUUCCCCCCACCCCCAAUGUUCUAGUAUCUUGUAAAUGGUCGAGAUCCCCAUCCCUAAACCAUAUAUAUUCUGGUUUGUCAUGCCAAGAUGAUUUGAAUGAUAUACAGGGUUAGUCCCCAGGCAUCACUAAUGCAUAUAACUUUACUGGACCAAACCAAUUUUCACUGGACUUUGUCCAAUGUCAGGCGACCCUUGGAAUUACGAAUUAUGGGAGCUUCGUUUGGGAGACUUCGUAACAGCAUCCUGUUACAAUCAUUUCUUGUUAGAAUUAAGUUUUUGUUUACUGUUAUAGGAAAUUUACUCUCGAUUCAAUCUUCAAAACAUAUUUUAAAAUUACAUUGACAACAUGCAAAAAGAAAGUGAAAGUAAAUUUCUAUGUCUAUAAAACACGUUUUGAUUAGUUUAAGUUUUUCAUACAACUGUCAUCUAGCCAGUCAGAACACAUGUAACAUAAUAUGUAUCAUCUGGGUUCCUGUUUAAACAGAAGUCAUGGAUAACAGUAUAGAUUUUGCGGGAAAACGAUCUUUUUGCUUGUAUGAUUCAAAAUCGCUGCAGAAGAGUCACUCGCCACAAGGGCGAGUUCUAUUGAAUCUGGACUCGCCAAGUACAAUUCUUACUCGCAUUUGGCGAGUUGGCGAGCGGAGGUUUCACACACUGAUAUUUCUGUUUUAUAUUGGUUAUUUUUAAAUAGGUUGAUUUCAUAAAGUAUUGUGUUGUACAGACAACAUUCAAUACCUUUAAUGUUACACAGUACAUCAUGUCUUAUUGGCAGUAUUGCUGCUCACACACACACUUUACUUGCGUAGGAGCCAGGGGGCAAGGGGCAAUCCCCUAAUUUCAAAAGUGGCAAAAAAAAUAUUGAAAACUUACACUCAAAAGUACCCCACCCCACUUUUCAGUCUACUCAUAUGCCUCUGCCCUUACAGCAAACCUAAAUGAUGCAUGGAUUGUUAUAUUGUGUUUAGAAACUACUGAUAAAGAAGCAAAACUACUGAUUACUUGAAAGUAAAGUACUGAUGACAUAGAGUUGGGAUUAACAAGUUAGGAAAUUCCCUAUAUGAGUUGAAAGUCCAUUUUGAUGAAUGUAGCAUUUUUUUCCUCAAUUGAUUAAUUUUUGCUAAAACUUCCAGGAGUAAUUAUGGGGUAAAUUGAACAAUGAUUUAAAUAAAGUUCCUGUAAUGUGUCAAGAGUGUGGCACUUGUGCAUGAAAAGACUGUGUACUAAUUAAAAU